UCUCACCCCUGGAGAGUCUAAGCUUCGAUGUAUCCUCAGAGCAACUCAGAAGCCUCUAUCCUGAAUACCAACGGGGCCUCUAUCCUGAACACCAACGAAGCCUCUAUCCUGAAUACCAACGGGGCCACUCAAGGUCUGCAGCAUCCCUUGCCCCCGAAGCCCAGAAGACUCUGGUUAGAGUUUCUCCCCAAGUCCCCAGGCUUGCUGCUCCUUGGCACCCCCCGGCAUCAGAUGUCUCACUGGCAAGCAACACCGGGCCCAGGACUGCGGCCCCGAAAGCUUCUCCUUCCACCCCACAACCCUAGAGAUCUUUCUGGGCUCUGCCCAGGCCUCAGAAAAGAAGCCCCCACCCCCAUCCCUGCCCUGGGCUGUCACCUCCCAGGUAAGAUUCGCCCUCUGUCCCUCCACAGCCCUCCCGAGGCCUCUGCCCCCUCCCCCAGCUGGUUUCUGGUCUCCAAAGCCAGUGUGGUGUUUAAUCUCCAAGAGAUUAGUGACCUGCUUUCGCCGCCCUCCCCCACAGGCUGCUCGGAUGCCCCUAAAUAUUCCCUGCUGGAAGGGCAGGCCCCCAUGGCCACCCAGAGAGCGUCUCCAGGUGCCCUCCUUGACGGUGCCACCCACCCCACCCACUGACCCACUUGGCUGCAGGCCCUUUCUGCUGGCCAGAAGGUGUCAUGGGGCACCCUGUGGGUAACACUGCCCAAACGCCUCAGGUGAGGUCAGUCAGCAGAUGUUCCUUGGGCAUCUACUAUGUGCCAGGAACUACGUGUCAAGAAAAAGAUACUUUAAGCAACUGGAAUUGAGGUUAAAGGCUGAUGCACAUGAGCGGGGACCUGAAGACCAGGUGACUCCAGGACUGGCAAUUAGGGUGAGGAGAAAAGCAGACACUGGGCAUUUUUCAUCUCUAACUCUGGGAUGCUUCCGUUAACAGUCAGGCAGGUUUCUGGGUUUGUGUCCCUUUUGCAAGAUUGCACCAAGGGCAGAGAUCUGCUUUUGUAAGGCUUGUGGUGGUCAGGGAGAGGGAGGGAGGAAGGAAAGGGGAAAGGGGGAAAGAAGUUGCCUCCUUCCCCUUUGUUUGAAGGUUUUGAAGUUUCCCUCUUUUUGAAGGGUUGAGGCAAAAGAAUGAGAGGUCCCUCUCCCGUCCUAAACCUUGCACGUGCUGGGGCUGAGAGUAUAGUAGUGAUGGAUUAACUGGCCUCAAAACAGGUGAGGCCCCUGUCUCCCAAGUAAUCUUCACACAAAGCCCCCAGAGAUUUACUUAGAUGAUGAAA